ACUUCCGCCCAGGUGAGGCAGGGCGGACACCGAUCCCGCCCGCCCGCUUCGGACUCCCACCCGCGCACCACCGGAUCAGGUUUCUUUAAAAGUGAUUGAAAAGAAAUAAUUCAAAAUGCCAGAAAAUCCGUCUACAGAUAAACUUCAGGUCUUGCAAGUUCUUGAGCGCCUGAAAAGUAAAUUACAAGAAAAGGGCGACACAUCACAGAAUGAGAAGCUGUCUAUGUUUUAUGAAACACUAAAGAGUCCUCUCUUUAACCAGAUACUCACUCUUCAGCAGUCCAUCAAGCAACUAAAGGGGCAGCUCAGCCACAUACCCUCAGAUUGUUCAGCCAACUUUGAUUUUUCCAGGAAAGGUUUAUUAGUGUUCACAGAUAGUGCCAUAACUAGUGGGAGUGCCCAGAGGGCCUCUGCAUCUGGGUUAUUUCAUUGGGACUCUAAGUCAGGAAAUGAAGAAUUUAACUCAGUCAUUCAACAAAUGGCUCAGGGCCGGCAGAUUGAAUAUAUAGACAUAGAACGGCCUUUAACUGGAGGACUUGGAUUCAGUGUGGUCGCCCUUAGAAGUCAAAAUCUGGGAGAGGUCGAUAUCUUCGUGAAGGAAGUACAGCCAGGGAGUAUAGCAGAUAGGGAUCAAAGGUUAAAAGAAAAUGACCAAAUAUUGGCUAUUAAUCACACACCACUGGAUCAGAACAUUUCCCAUCAGCAAGCAAUUGCACUGUUGCAACAGACCUCUGGAUCUUUGCGUCUGGUUGUGGCCAGGGAACCAGUCCACACCCAAAAUAGUAGUUCUACCAGCCUAACCGAGACAAGUCUGCCUGAAACGGUUCACUGGGGUCAUAUUGAAGAUGUUGAGCUCAUUAAUGAUGGCUCUGGAUUAGGCUUUGGAAUAGUUGGUGGAAAAUCAAGUGGUGUGGUUGUGAGGACUGUAGUUCCUGGAGGACUAGCAGAUCGAGAUGGAAGACUCCAGACAGGGGACCACAUCUUGAAGAUUGGUGGCACAAAUGUGCAGGGAAUGACCAGUGAGCAGGUUGCUCAAGUGCUGAGGAACUGUGGGAAUUCGGUCAGGAUGCUCAUUGCAAGAGACCCAGUUGGUGAAGUUUUUGUAACCCCUCCUACUCCUACAGCCUUACCUGUUGCACUACCUGCUGUAGCCACUAGGAGCCCUAGUUGUGACAAUUCUCUUUUUGAAACUUAUGAUGUUGAACUCCUUAAACAAGAUGGACAGAGUCUUGGAAUUAGAAUUGUUGGCUAUGUUGGAAACGCUCACACAGGGGACGCUGCUGGGAUUUAUGUGAAAAGUAUAAUACCUGGCAGUGCUGCAUACCACAAUGGCCAAAUUCAAGUGAAUGACAAAAUAAUUGCUGUUGAUGGUGUGAAUAUUCAAGGUUUUGCCAACCAGGAAGUUGUUGAAGUGUUACGGAAUGCAGGACAAGUGGUUCACCUAACACUGGUUCGAAAGAAGACAGUCUCAUCUGUUCCUCUACUUGAAAGGCCCUUAGACAGAGGAACUGUUGUAGAACCACCGAAAACACCAAUCCUCUUUCUCCCUGGAGCAGUGGAAACAGAAACUAAUUUGGAUGAUGAAGCUAAUGAGGAAAUUAUAGAAAGCCUGGAUAGUUUGAAAAAUGACAAUGUGCAAGCUGUAGAAAAAUUGGAAAGAGCCCCAGACUCUCCUGAAAAUGAGUUGAAAUCCAGAUGGGAAAACCUAUUGGGCCAUGAUUAUGAAGUAAUGGUCGCUACUUUGGACACACAGAUUGCAGAUGAUGUCGAGUUACAGAAAUAUUCAAAGCUGCUGCCCAUUCACACUCUGAGACUUGGCAUGGAAUUGGAUUCCUUUGAUGGGCACCAUUAUAUCUCUUCAGUUGUACCAGGUGGUCCUGUUGAUACAUUGAACCUCCUACAACCAGAAGAUGAGCUGCUUGAGGUCAAUGGUGUACAGCUGUAUGGGAAAUCACGCCGAGAAGCUGUCUCCUUUCUUAAAGAAGUGCCACCCCCCUUCACCUUGGUUUGCUGUCGACGGUUAUGUGAUGAUGAGGCUUCUAUGGAUGAACCGAGGCCCAUGGAGGCCACUCUUGCUGAGAUGGAGGCUGACCAAGAUAGAGUUGUCAAUACUGAAGAAGAUGAUGAUGAUGGGGAAUUAGCACUAUGGUCUCCUGAAGUCAAGAUCGUUGAACUAGUAAAAGAUCAUAAAGGCUUGGGAUUCAGCAUUUUGGAUUAUCAGGACCCCUUGGAUCCCACAAGAUCAGUGAUUGUGAUUCGUUCCCUGGUGGCGGAUGGUGUCGCAGAAAGAGGUGGAGAACUGUUACCUGGAGAUCGCCUGGUCUCUGUCAAUCAGUACAGUGUGGACAACACCACACUGGCUGAAGCUGUGCAAGUGCUGACCUCCGUACCACCAGGUGUGGUGCGCCUGGGCAUCUGUAAGCCUUUGGUGGAAGAUAAUAAAGAAGAAGGAAGUCAGUAUAUUUUACAUUUAAACAAUAAUGAAGACAAGCCUGAACUUCCAGAAACAAUUUCUGAUAUAAAUUCAUCUUUAAUACUUGAAGCACCCAAGGGAUUUAGAGAUGAACCCUAUUUCGAAGAAGAACUUGUGGAUGAACCAUUUCUAAAUUUGAGGGGCUCUUUUCACUCUCAACAAAAAGAGAUGGAUGACAACCAGGAAGCCUGGGAGAUGCGUGAAUUUUUUAAUCCUAGAGUGCAGGAAGCGAGUGAAGAAAGAGAAAUGCUUGUUGAUGAAGAAUAUGAGAUGUAUCAGAAUUGCUUGCAGUCAAUGGAGCUCUAUGCCCCAUCGCACAUUCAAGAGGCUGCUCCUGUGCCCUCCAUGAAGGAGCUUCACUUUGGUACACAGUGGUCACAUGACGGAGAACCACCUGAGCCCCCAGAAACAAGAUCCAUGAUGAGAGUAUAUUCCCAAGAGACACCACAGUAUGACUAUGGCCCUGAAGAGAUGAUGAAAGAAAGUUUUGGCAUCGAUUCCUUACCCUCCAUCCCCUCAACUGAAGGAAACAGUCAACAAGGCAGAUUUGAUGAUCUGGAAAAUCUCGAUUCAUUAACAAAGAGCAGUCUGGAUUUAGGCAUGCUCUCUCCAAAUGAUGUCCCAGGUCCCGGCCUGCUUGUUGAACUUCCUUCUGUGGUACAAAGAAGGGAGCAAGAAGAUUUGCCUUUAUACCAGCUCCCCAGAACUCAAGUUUCCAGGACCUCCACCUACACAGGAAUGUUAUCUUCCAGAUAUGCCACUGCUGCAUGUGACUUACCUGAGAGAGAAGAAGGUGAAGGAGAAGAAACUCCAAACUUCAGCCACUGGGGUCCACCAAGAAUUGUUGAGAUCUUUAGAGAACCUGAUGUGUCUCUUGGUAUUAGUAUUGUUGGUGGUCAGACUGUUAUCAAACGCCUCAAGAAUGGAGAGGAACUUAAAGGUAUAUUUAUCAAACAAGUUUUAGAAGAUAGUCCAGCAGGAAAAACAAAUGCUCUCAAAACCGGAGAUAAAAUUCUUGAGGUAUCCGGAGUAGAUUUGCAGAAUGCCUCACACAAAGAUGCAGUUGAGGCCAUUAAGAAUGCAGGAAAUCCUGUGGUGUUCGUUGUCCAGAGCUUGUCAUCUGCUCCAAGAGUCAUUCCUAACAUACAAAAAAAAGCCAAUAAAACCACUAGUAACCUUGACCAAGACACCCCGGAAAAAAAAGAAAAGAGACGUGGAACUGCACCACCUCCAAUGAAGCUGCCACCCCCCUAUAAAGUUCCAUCCGGUGACAAUGAUGAAAGUGAUGAAGAGUGUGCAUUUACCAACAAAAAAAUCAGACAACGAUAUGCAGAUCUGCCUGGAGAAUUGCACAUUAUUGAACUUGAAAAAGAUAAGAAUGGGCUGGGACUCAGUCUUGCCGGUAAUAAAGAUCGGUCACGUAUGAGCAUAUUUGUGGUGGGAAUUAACCCAGAAGGACCUGCUGCCAUGGAUGGGCGAAUGCGUAUUGGUGAUGAACUCUUAGAGAUCAAUAAUCAAAUCCUAUAUGGAAGAAGUCACCAAAAUGCAUCUGCCAUUAUUAAGACUGCCCCAUCAAAGGUCAAACUGGUUUUUAUCAGAAAUGAAGAUGCAGUCAAUCAGAUGGCCGUCACUCCUUUUGCAUUAUCCUCAAGUUCUCCAUCUUCUAUUGAGGAUCAGAGCGGUGCUGAGCCUGUCAGCAGUGAGGAAGACGGCAGUCUUGAAUUUGGCAUUAAACAGUUGUCUGAAAGUGAAAGCUGCAGACUGGAGGACAUCUCACAGGAUGUUGAUUCAGAGCUGGCAGACCAGCAGCAGUCUCUGGAGGGCCCAGCUGACAAUGCUGUCAGCCAGAUGAAACAGCAGAAACAUUCAAUAAAGGUCUCCGUCAGCUCACAAGAGAUACAAUUAGCACCAAGUCCAUCAAGCCCUUCAACAGAUGCAGACUAUACAGGUUAUGGUGGCUGUCAGCCUCCUCUGUCAGUGGACCCUGCAACAUGCCCCAUUGUCCCUGGCCAAGAAAUGAUUAUAGAAAUAUCCAAGGGACGUUCAGGGCUUGGUCUCAGCAUCGUGGGAGGAAAAGACACACCCUUGGAUGCUAUAGUUAUACAUGAAGUCUAUGAAGAAGGAGCAGCAGCCAGAGAUGGAAGACUUUGGGCUGGAGACCAGAUAUUAGAGGUCAAUGGGGUGGACCUGAGGAGUGCCAGCCACGAAGAAGCCAUCACAGCCCUGAGGCAGACUCCCCAAAAAGUGCGACUGGUGGUGUAUAGAGAUGAGGCACACUACAGGGACGAGGAGAACUUGGACAUCUUCCCUGUGGAUCUGCAGAAGAAGGCUGGCCGAGGAUUGGGUCUCAGCAUCGUUGGGAAACGAAAUGGAAGUGGCGUGUUUAUUUCUGACAUCGUGAAAGGUGGCGCUGCAGACCUGGAUGGGAGAUUGAUUCAGGGAGAUCAGAUCUUAUCUGUGAAUGGGGAGGACAUGAGAAGCGCCUCACAGGAGACUGUGGCCACUGUCCUCAAGUGUGCACAGGGGCUUGUACAGCUAGAGAUUGGAAGACUCCGAGCUGGCUCCUGGACCGCGUCAAGAAAGACAUCACAGAACAGUCAGGCGAGUCACCACAGCAACUUUCCUCCCUCCAUUGCUCCCGUCAUCAACAGCUUGCAAAACUUGGUGGGCACAAAAAGAGCUUCAGAUUCUUCCCCCCAAAAUUCAGGCACAGAUAUGGGACCCAGGACUGUUGAGAUAAUCAGGGAGCUCAGUGAUGCCCUGGGAAUCAGCAUUGCUGGAGGAAAAGGAAGUCCCUUAGGAGAUAUCCCAAUAUUUAUUGCCAUGAUUCAGGCCAGUGGCGUGGCAGCACGUACACAGAAGCUUAAAGUUGGAGAUCGGAUUGUCAGCAUUAAUGGGCAGCCUUUGGAUGGGCUGUCUCACGCCGAUGUGGUUAAUCUGCUGAAGAACGCCUACGGGUGCAUUACCCUGCAGGUUGUAGCAGAUACCAAUAUAAGCGCUAUAGCAACUCAGCUCGAAAGCAUGUCUACCGGCCACCAUCUCGGUCCACCCACUGCUGACCACCCCCCAGAAGACACCGAAACACCUCCACCUAAGAUUAUUACUUUGGAGAAAGGCUCUGAAGGAUUGGGGUUUAGUAUUGUAGGGGGUUUUGGAAGUCCCCAUGGAGACCUGCCAAUUUAUGUCAAGACUAUAUUUGCAAAGGGAGCAGCUGCAGAUGAUGGCCGAUUGAAGCGGGGUGAUCAGAUUUUAGCUGUUAAUGGCGAGCCCCUGGAAGGUGUUACUCAUGACCAAGCUGUGGCCAUUUUAAAACGCCAGAGGGGGACUGUAAUCCUAACCGUGCUGUCAUGAGCUUGUGUCCUGAUCACAAGACAGAUAUUGUUGUAGCAUGUCAGUAGGAAGAUGGAAGUUCUGAAAGAGAAUGAGAAGCAACCUCAACUGAAAUGCACCUUCCUUCUUUCCACCCCACGCCCUCUGCUCAGGAGAGGUGGCUGGGGUGUUGUGUAAAUUUUCCAAAUCAACUGCCACCUUCCUAGUGUUUCCCAGCUUCAGUCACUUCCUACUGAGGUUAAUUACUAAAAUUAACUUGAAUGAGUCUUGCAUAUUUUGCAUUUAACAUCGUUGCUUAUCAACUAGAAGUAACAGGUUUUGAUCACCUUUGCUGAAACUGGAUGAACAACCUCCCACUCCUUAUGCUCUUCUCUCCCGGUUGCUGCUGACCCAGAGGCCUGCCAGCAAUCUCAGCUCUCAUCCAAUGAACAGAAACAAAUGUUAAGCACCUUGUCAUUGCACUCAUGAUUUACUUAUGCUAAUUCUCUUCAAGUACACCCAAAAACAUUAGCAGUGUAAUUAACUUACCAGUGAGCCCCAUGAUGAAAUACAAAAAUCCUCCCUUGGGAAAUUACUCUGCUCUCUUCUGUAUGACUUAUAGUCAAAUAAGUCUCAAAUUCAUUUCUCUGGGUGGAUCUUUAUAAGUUAGUCAUUGGUGACUAUGAUGAGUCAACUUGAAGACUGUCAUCUAAAACUUCUGAAAUGCUUUAUUGUUUCCUUGGCUACAUAAAUGGCAUGCCACUGGGCGAAUGCACCUUAUUCACAACAGGAAUAAUUAGCAUCUAUGAAUUCUAGCAGUGCUAAAUUAUAGUCAAGUCUGGAAAGCCAAUGGCAUCACAGCAAGUAAGCAUUACCCUUACCCUUCAGUCUUCAAAAAAGAAGUGGAAAGUACAAAGGUCAGCAAGUUUUGCCUCAAGUCAGAAAAGUCUUGGGUGGCCUUGACCUUGCACAGAGUACAGUGACAAUUUACUCAUCCUUCCCCUGGACUCCAUUACCAGAUCAGUCAGCAACACCAACUUCAGGAACAUAAUGGGGCAGCUCACUGGGCCUGAGUGCCCAAGCAAAUGACGUGAGCCUAGAACCAGUGAUGGGAAUGCUCAGCUAAUGUUCCCCGUGCUCCAGAGAGCUUCCCCCAGGCUGCAGUUUUGCACAGUAACAUAGCAACAACAGCAGAAAUUACUGCAAGACUAAACUCCACCCACACCAGCUAGGGGUAUCUUAUUCAGGUAUUAGGAAGAAAAGGAGGUCCUUGUAAUGAAGGCAAUAGGUUCUUCUCUAAAUAAAAUGUGCCAUGAAAAAUGAGUACCAGGAUUAGUACUAGAAAUUAGUUUGGCAUUCUUAACUAAAACACAAUGCUGUAAAUGGUUCACAGAAAUCAUCAAAAUGCAAUGGGCUCUACCUUAAAAUGUUAUUUAAUAAGUAUAGAUUUUAAUUCAGAAUUAUCUUUGAGUAGAUGUAAUCACAAAGUGCAUUAACCCUUGCUGGAAUACUUUGUGGCUAUUCCAAAGUAAAGGGUGCCUAAAUUUUCUGUUAAAACUGUCUUUCAUGACUGGCAUUACGUUUUCUGAAAUUAAACAUGGCUUAUGAAAUGUUUGAUGUGUCCAAGAUAGGUAGAGUUGUUAAGAUCUUGUCUAUCAGUGCUUGAGAAGUUACCAAGUUCAGAAUGUUCUGUUGUUCUGUUCACUGUAUAUGCAAGAACAACUCAGGCAACCAAGAAGAAAGGAAGCUCAAAUAAACCUUGAAAAUGCACCUUUAAAUAAUAUAUAUAUACUUUUAAAAUGUGAUUCUGGUUGAUUUUGAUGGACUGGCCAUUAAAUACAAGUUUUGAAAUAAUACAUAGUUCGGGGUUUCUUUAUUACUC